AUGAGUGCUGGACUUUGUAAAUCGCAACUUGUUUUCAAGACUAGUAAAGUGUUAUUUUAUAAUUCAGAAAGACUUCUUUCAUGCUGGAAAAGAAAGAGCCAUGGAAUUUUUGCAGGUGCUUGUACAAAAUGCCAGCUAGUCUCACUACCUCUGGUUCAGCUGAGGAGGUGUACAGUUUCUUCUCCAACUUUUGCCAUUCCAAAAAUGAGUGAGCCGCAGACUAAACAUGAGGAUGUGCGUAUGCCUAAAGAGGCACAGCAGUACAGCGUUGGAGAAGAAAACGGUUGGCUAAACAUUGGACAGUACAGUAUCUUUGCCUGGUCUAUAUCUGGAGUGGAGAGCUGUGUGGUUGUCAAAUGUGAGGAUGUACAGGUGACUUUCGACAUGGGCGUUGCUGUACCAGAGAGUGUGAAGUCACCGUGUGUCUUUAUCACACAUGGCCAUAUUGAUCACAUAGCUGCUAUCACUAGUCAUGUAGCUAAAAGGGAGCUUUUUGGAAUGAAACCAGCCCGCUACUAUGUACCACCCAACUUGGUUCAGCCAUUGCUCACAGUCUUACGAACUCAUUUUGAGAUGGCUCAGACUCCAGAACUGUUGAGCAGUGCCAACAUACAACCUAUUGUCGAAGGAGAUGUAGCGAGGCUCAACAGUCAUUAUUUUGUAAAGGCUUUCCCCACAAUUCACCGGAUUAGUAGUCAGGGUUAUAUUGUGUACAAGGAGGAGAAAACUCUGAAAGAAGAGUAUAGAGGCAAGGAAGGAUUUGAAGUUGCGGCCCUUCACAGGAAUGGUGUUGAUAUUCACAACAUUACAAUCACUCCAGAAAUUGCAUAUUGUGGUGACACAGUUUUUGAUAUCUUCACAAAUCCACCAACCCCAGACCUUCUGAAAGUCAAACUUCUCAUCACAGAAGCAACUUACUUAGAUGAUCAUAUUGGCAAAAACAUGGUGCAGAAAGCCAGAGAUUUUGGUCAUACACAUUUACAGGAAAUUGCACAAAAUGCAGAGAUUUUCAAGGAUGUGGGCCACAUUAUUUUGGUCCACUUUUCAAAUAAAUACUCAGCUAAAUACAUUCACGACUGCAUACAUCAGAAGCUGCCUCCAGAGUUGAGAGAUAAGGUCACACCAGCAGUGGUAGCAAAAGCAACAUUUGCAACAGGCUUGUCUUAG